UAGGAGGUAUAAGUCAACUCAUUGCUGGGUUUCUAUCUUUUCGGAAGUAUGAUCAUCUAAGUGGCACUGCCUUCCUUGCCUUCUCUGCCUUGUGGAGCAGCUAUGGUGCUACACGUAUCAUUGUAGGCUCAGAAUUAAAUCUCCAAAACAGUUCAUCUGUAGAUACUCUCAGUCAGAUGCAGAUUCCAGUCAAUGAAGGAGCAGUGGCUGGACUGGUAGCCUACAUUUUUAUUGCCUUCAUCCUAUCCUUCUGCUCAGCAACAGUCAACUAUAUCAUGCCUUUUGUGUUUGGGGCCUUAACUCUCACAUUAAUAUUUGAGGCAGUAGGACUAUUUGGUCGCUGGGCCUUGGUGGUGUCUGGGGUUUUGGAGCUAAUAAUAGUGUUGUGUGGAAUUUAUGGAGCAGGAGUCUUACUUCUAAAGGGCAUCACUCAGAGAUAUGUACUUCCAGGAUUUGGAAAUUCUCUAUUUAACGUUCUACUUCUUGGUUCUGCCAAUCGUAACUCUUCAAAAACUGCUGGAGAAGAAAAGAAGAAGAAUACCAAGUAUGCCGAGCCCAUGGCACUAGGAUACCUGUGUGACACCAUCUCACCUUUCAUCAUGGCAUUCUACUGCUUUGGCUACAUGAGAAACUUUUAUGUAGGUUGUAUCUGGAUCAGCAUCAAUGUCCUGUCCCAAAUGUGUUCCAGUUAUUACAGUUAUUUGCGAGAUGAUGUCUACCAUGCUACUAAGUUUGCCUUCCAUGGAACCUUUUGGUUAGUUAAGGCUUGGGAAGAGUUUACUAUUUCAGUAAUUCUCACAUCUGAGAAUAUCACCAAGAGCAGAGAGUCAAUGGUUGGUGACUGGUUCUUUUUAACUGUUUCAUGUCUGUUUUGCUUUUUGUCCUUAAAUAAGGACUUACUAGAAGUCAUACACAACAUGGCAUUUGCUAUUGUUACUGUAUCGACAAUUCAGCAGAUUCCAAGCACAGCUGGCUACAUAUUUUUUGGAGUGACUUGCAGCAUAUUUACCGCAGUUUCUCUUUACACCACAUUCGCCAGUCUUGUUAACUCCAUUGCUGAAAAAGUGUUAGUUCCCAUUGGAAACAUAAUAAUAUCUAAGGACAAGUUUCAAAAUGUCUUUGUUUGGGGCAGAAAAUGCCUUAAGCGGCAAGGAGAAGAAUUGGACCUCAAGGAGAACCUCAGUGCUCGUCCUUCAGACCCCCUGUUCUAUAUCUGUAAUGGAUUGGCUGCCCUUGCUGCGAUUCAGAGCUCAUUGAACAAUACCAUCCAGGCACAUCUAUCUAUUUCUUGGGUGCUUAUACCUGGAGCUAUUAUACAGCUUUAUGUCUCUAGAAUCGAUGUUCGUGCAGGACGAAGAUUUGGCUCAGUUCUGCCUUUUUUCUUUUCUGCUGUCUGGGCUACCUGGGUAUGGCUACGUUUUGCAGGUUCUUUGCUAGGAAUCUCUGCAGAUAAUGAUGGAGGAUUCACAGCGGGUGCAAUUGCUUUUAUGGUAAUAGACCUCUUCCUCAUAGCCCUUGCUACUCAUGCCAACACUGUUCUUCUUCUCAUCACUGUUGUGAUGGAGCUUGUGAUAGUCAGCUUCCUUCUCUUCACACUGGAAAGGCUUCCUCUGGCACUUGAAAUAACUGUGCUAUCCAUCUUUAGCAUCAUUUGUCUCUAUGGCUUUUUGGCUUCUAUGGUAAACUGCUUGUUUAAUAAAGAACUGAUACCCCUGGGACCCGCAGUGUUCAAGAAACAAGAGCCAGAGAAGGAAGAAGCUUCUAGUUCCUGUAUCCUGCCUCAGUCUCAUCGUACAAGUGGUCUGAGAACUAUAGCUAACAUACUGGAGGAUGGAGGGGUAUGUGGCAUCCCGACUGAUACAGUUUAUGCUCUGGCAGCUUCAUGCAAACAUCCAGAGGCCAUCAAAAGGAUUUAUACUAUAAAGGAACGACCUUCAGAGAAGCCCAUCUGUAUAUGUAUCUCUAACCUACAGCAGUUGAGGGUAAUAAAUCCUCCAUUCAGUCCACUAUUGUGGAGAUUCAUGGAUUUAGUAUAUCCGGGAGGGAUAAGCUGCAUUGUAAAGAAAGGCGAAUGGCUGAAACGACUGGGUGUAGGACCUGCCUAUGACUAUGUUGGGACCACUGACUCCAUAAUGAUCAGAGUUCCAGAUCACUCAGUCACUGCCCAUCUUACUGACAUGACAGGUCCCCUAGCAAUUACAUCUGCCAACCCCAGUGGAGAAAGUGAUAGUACCCACCAUGAUCAUGUAAUAAGCCGUCUGAGCCAAAAAUUGGAUGCUGUUCUGUGUGAUGGUUAUUCCAAUGAGCUUGUGGGAUCUACUGUUGUGAUCUGCUCCAAGAUAGAUGAAGGAUCUAUUAAAAUUUUACGAGAAGGCUGCGUGCCAGCUACCAAAAUUAUGCAGUUAUUUGAGCGUGCCAAGAACAUGGGACAAGAAGUGUUGUGAGGACAAGUUGACUGGUUUAUUUUAAUGUGAUAAAAUAUUAGUCCUGCAGGUGGGACUCUGUAUAAUUAUAUAUAUGUGAAUAUAGUACGUGUGUAUAUUGUAGGCUUAUUUAUUGUCCUGAACAAGUGUAGAAGGACCAUUGUUUUAUUGUAUAAAAGAAUUGUAUAAAAGAAUUAUUCUAUCUUGCUAAGUCUGAACAAA